AACUGGAUGUGGAUUCUGCCAAAAUGGCCGACCGCCGAACUUAGUUCGCGUACUGUUUAAUGUAAAUUUAUUAUUGAAAUAUAAUAACUUUAAACAGAUUCGGAGUAUUGGAAAAGACAGAGUAUAAAUACUACAUGUAAAUGACUUAGUGUUAUAGAAACAAUAUAUAUAUAAUUAUUAACAGAAUAUCCUAACAAUGAGUGAGAUUACUAUUAAUGAAGCACUUGCUGACUCUGAGAAGCCGGUUCAAGUAUCUGGUAAUGGUCAAUUCCCGCCUUUCCCCGUACCAACUGAUGAAGAUUUUGAAGAUGAUAUUCCUGAAGACGAAAGGACAUAUUAUAAAACAAAAUUUAAUGAUCUUAACAAUGUGACCAGCAUGAAAGUACAUUGUUCUGCGUGUGAUCGUCAUCUAGGGCUUACACCAAAAAAUAGCCAACGGAUGCGCACACACCCUAUGUUACGCACUUUAAUCUGCCAGUCAUGCCAUUCUUUUUACAACAGCGGAGAGUUUGAAAAGGGGGACGAUGGCUCCGAGCUAUACUGCAGGUGGUGCGGACAAGGUGGACAAGUGUACUGUUGUUCUGAAUGUCCUCAUGUGUUUUGCGCUAAAUGUAUAAAGAGAAAUUUGGGGCCCUCUAAAAUAAAGGAGAUUGAAGCACUUGAUGACUGGAGGUGUUUUAAGUGCAACAACACAUGCUUAAAAGAUUUGAGAGCUAUAUGUUGGGCCGCACUACGUUACUGUGAUAUAAAAACUAGACUUGCAAAUGAUGUUAAAGAUAGUGCACAAAAGGAGGCAUGCCUUCAAGACUGUGCUCAGGACCACUCUGAAUGUUGUAAAAAUAAGGCGAGAAAAAGGGAAAAAGUUGAUGUCAAGAAAAAAGAAAGUGAAACUAGAAAAAGUACAGGUGCAUCGGCAUCAUCUAUCAUUUCUAAAAUACCACCUACAAUACAGGUAAAGAAGUUUGCUUCAAUAAAUAUGGGGGAAGUGAAUAAAUCGGAAACCAAAAAGGCUGUAAAGCGAGCUGCUAGUCCAAAGCAUAAACCGUAUAUUCUGAAAAAUCCAAUAACCGUAGCUUCAAAGCCUGUUAACACCUUUAAUGUUUCACCUAUGACAAAGAAGAUGAGAAUAUGUAUGCCCCCAGCGCCAGUAAUGAACCCAAUUCGAAUAAUGCAUGAUAGGAAACAAACAAACACGCCUAAUAGUUUUCUCAAGAUAAGACCAAAAUCACAGAUGGUAUAUAAUGGCAUGAAUGUCGGCAAUUCCUUUAACAAUGUAAUCACCAAUGACAAUAUCAAUUUAUCAAUAGAAAGUCUAACACAGGGUCUUGAUAUGGCAGCAAUGUCAAAUAUGCCUGGUGGAUCUCAGGAUGAUGAACUGGUCUGCACUCCUGACUUUCCUAUAGAACCUUUGUGUGAGGUCACUGAAGAUAACACGGAUGACGAUGUUCAGUGCAUUACACCAGCGCCAGUUGCCGCACCAAAAGGUCCUCCGCCUCUCAUAUCAUUUGGUUCUAAAGAUUUGUCCGAUAAUAAUAUCGUACAAAUGACUGAAAACGAUGUAACAGUGAAUUCUGUCACUGGAGGCCUCAAAUUCCGUGUUGAUCCUCAAACAUUGUCAGCUAAUAAAAUGUAUCGUCUGCCUGAUGGACGAAUUUUUGCUAUAAAUGCCAAUCCCAAUAUGCCUGGUGGUUAUUCAGCUACAAUAGUAGCAGUAACUGAAAGUAAUCCAAAUAAAUCUUCCGGAAAUACUUACGCAGUUAAAUUGAAUCACGUCUCAAAUCGUUCAACUGUUUCUACGUCAACACCUAGAUCCCUCAAUAAUAGCCGUAACACAGCAUCGUCAAGAAAUAACCAACGACAAAGAAAGACCACAAAACGUUCGAUAGACACUCCAACCAGAGAAACAGAUCUGCAUGUACCUGUUGAGUGGUACAGAUAUAAUUUAGUAGACGCUAUUGAUGCUCUAGAAUAUUCCUUAUCGAGACUAAAUAAACUCAAAAAGGAGGCAACUACGUCAUAUUUACGAACUAGAACUGUGCAAGAAAUGCGAACUUUACAUAGAAGUCUAGAAAAUCUUUUAAAUACGUCAUCACAACGAUUUAAAGAAAUACGGGAAAAUAUAAACAAAGAAUUAAAACAGUACAUUACAAGGAAAAAUACACCAAUUCAGAAUAAUAGUGAAGAAGACGAUGAUGAUGUAGAAAUACUUCCGGAUAUGGAAGAAGAUCCUAUAUUUAUUGAUGAAAAUUCAUUAGAUUCAAGUACAAAUGAAACUCAAGAAGUCGAUUUAACAGGUGCUGGAAGCAGUGAACACAACGAUAGUGAAGACAAAAUUUUAAAAGAAUGUUUAUCUGGUUCUACUGACAAUGAUGCGAAUAAUCAACAAAGCGAGAGCUAUGCAGUACAGGAUAAAUCUACCACAGCUUCAAAAGACAAUUCUAUUCCGAAAGAUCCUGAAGUUAACAAUGUUGAACCUGAAGCUAACAAUGUCGAACCUGAAGAAGUCGAGACGCCUAAAUCUUCGACAGAGGACAAUGUAAAUUGUAACGAAGAGACUACGGAACUUGCUGAACCUGCAGAAGUCACAAAUGCAAGUAAAGACGAUAAAGUUUGUGAAAAAGAAAACGAUAAGUGUGAGACGCAACAAGAUUCCAUAAACAAUGAUACUAAAAAGAUAGACGAUGAUGAAAGUAGUAAAGUGGAUCACAUUUCAGAAUCUGACCAAACUUCCAACAAAGAUGAUAAAACUCAAAUAGAAAAUGGUGAUCAUAAUAUGGAAAGUGAAGGAAAAGGCCAAGAUAUUGAUAUAAGUGAUGAAAUGAUUGAUGACUUACUAAAAGGCGAUUCACAAGAAAAUUCAGAUGCACAUGAAAUAUGCUCUCUGGAAAUUUCUGAUGAAAUUAAGGAUCAAUAAUGCACAAACAUUAUUCAACCCGUAAACUAAACAUUUUAAAAUAACUGUAAAAUGUACCUCAGUUUUUACAACUUCAAACCAGUACAUAGAAGUACAGAUUGUAAUGUUAUAAGUUAAAAUAAAAACUAUUUAGCUAUAAGAUAUAAUGCAAAUAAAAUAAAAGUGAUUACACUUUUUGCAGCAAAUACGAUUCUUUUCGUGAUAAAAAAGUAAUACUUAGUACUACAUAUUUCUUUUCUUUUCUUUUGUCGUGUUCUAAUUAUUUAUGAACAUACGGUCGCAAAAAUGCUUUUUAGAAAAACAUUGGUGUUCUUUUUGAUUUGGACUCACUUUUUCUCUUUUUAAUGACUGCAUUUUGCAAAAUUUGUAUAAAGAAAUUACUAUGAGAAAGAUAACUUACAUUUCCUAUUUUAAUAAAACAAUUUUAAUAUAUUUUGUUUAGUAGUACCUAAUUAAAGUUUACCAAUAUAAAAUAACUACUGUACUAUUUUGACAAAAAUAAUCUCCACUUUAUCGAAUAAGAAUAAUUGUGUAUACUACAAAAUAGUAUCUGUAAAUAAAAAUUACUUAUGUAUGAUAUUAGGCUCUAGUUUUAGGAUUAAUACUUGUUUUCAUAUUAAUGCUUGUGAUAGUAGGUAAGCAAGAAAACAAUAGCAAACAAAGAGGUUAGUUAUAACUAUUUUCAUCUUUUGUAUGUGGAGUGGAGGUUAUCGGGCGGGCAAAAAGUAUAGAAAAUUUUCUUAUUACUACAUAUUUUUUGAACUCCACUAAUUAAAUACAUGCCGGGAACUUUCUUUCAUAUACGGAGGUAUGUAUUAAUUCUAAAUAACAGAAAAUAUAUGUUUGAUGCAAAUUAAAGUGCUGUUUAGCAAAUUACAUCUUUCAGUUGCUGUCAAUAUAAAACAAUGAAAGUAUAAAUAAUGCAACAAUCUAAAUAAAAGGCAACAAUUAUUCCCAUAAUCUUGAUGGAACAUUUAUUUAUAUAAUCCACAUACGAAUAACAUUAAUUCGAAUAAUAUUGACAUUUUAUUAUUAUACCUAUUUAUAGGAGGAGCAUUCAAUUAUUUUUUACAAUUUCUUUUUUGUAGUGUUUUUAUGCACAUCUCUUAUAAGUAUGUUUUUGCAAGUCACCAAUCCUACAAAAAUGGCAUUUGUUUUUUGUUACUUUUUUUAUUUGACUACCCAUAUACCGGCUAGAUAGAAGUCGUAUGUCAUGCAAAAAUAAAUUGUAUGAUUCUAAUAUUGUGUUGGGUUUUGUGAUUAUUAUAGAAAUAUGAUUAAAUAGAUUUCUGAUGUGAUUGUUGGUACGCAUUUUGUUUAUUUAGUAUGUAUAGUUUAUUUUAAGAAGUAUCUUAUAUAAUGGAUAAAAUUUGUACUAGAAAUAGAAUAUAUAAAUAUAACAAUAAGAUAAGUUUUG